AUGAAGAUCAGAUGCUCCAAAAAGAAGAAACUGAAGAAUCAAAUCCCUCAACAUCUAGUGAUGGAGAUUUUAGCGAGGUUGCCUGCGAAAUCGGUAGCUAGGUUUCUUCUAGUAUCCAAGUCAUGGGCAAACCUUAUCACCGGUCGAGAUUUCAUCAGAUCAUUCGAGACUAGGUCUCGUUCGUCUCAGCCUCGACUCCUAGUCUGUUUCAUUGGUCGAACUAAACCAAGUGAGCGCCAAUACUGCUACUUUUACUCGUCGUAUUCGUCAUCAACGACUUUUCUGUCACGUGUUAAAUGUCCCCGUGACGAUCCUGAAGGCUUUUCCUGCCUUCCUCAUUACGCUAACGGCUUUAUAAGGAUUGGAUAUGGUGAAAAGAAACUCGUAUGUAACCCUAGCACCGGUAAGUCCAUAACUUUACCAAGAGUCAAAAGCGUCAAUACGGUCUCCAAAAGUUUGUUCGGGUAUGAUCCAGUUAACGAAGAGUACAAAAUAUUAUGCAUGACGAAAAUAUUGCGUAACGGUGAUAAACCCCAUUCACGAUAUGAAUAUCAAGUACUCACACUGGGGGGAGCUGAUGAAAAGUCUUCAUGGAGAAUGAUAGAAUGUAGCAUUCCACACCUUUUUUGCUGUAACGCUUAUGUGUGCAUAGAUGGUGUUGUUUACUUCGUUGCUAAAACAUUUGGUGACUUGUGCUUGAUGAAAUUCGAUCUGAGGUAUGAAAAGUGGGAUCUUCUUACUAGGUUAUCCUCAGACAUGUCAAGUGUAGGUGCUGAUUGCACUUUGAUAAACUAUGAGGGGAAAGUAGCCAUAACCACUAAUACUAGCGGGGAUACAUUUAAUGUGUGGGUUAUAGAUCAGACUGCUCGAGAACCUGGAUGGUUGAAGAAAAGUUUUACUAUUAAAUCCUGGAAAUUUUUAUCUAAGUUAAGCAUAUCUGGCUCUACUCACACGGGUGAGUUUGUUUUGGCACCAAGGUACUAUUCUCAUGACUUCAAUGUUGCACUUUACAAUCCCAACACGAAUGCUUUGAGAAAAAUUAAGGUUGACGUAACGGGAGGCAACGAGUUCAAGCAUGGUCGUCGUACCAAAGCAAUGGUUUUUUGGGACUACGCUGAGAGUAUUAGGCUUUUGUAG